AUGUGCACCUCCUCCACCAUCUCGCCUGACAUAACCCUCUAUACCUGGGCCACUGCAAACGGCGUGAAGGCCUCCAUCACCCUGGAGGAGCUCUGCCUGCCCUACAAGACUGAGCCGAUCGAUAUUGGAACCAACAUUCAGAAGGAGGAGUGGUUCUUGAAAAUUAACCCUAAUGGCCGCAUCCCUGCCCUUGUCGACGGUUCACAGCGCGUUUUCGAGAGCUGCUCCAUUAUGCUUUACCUCGCCGAUAAAUACGACACCGACCGCAAGAUCAGCUAUGCGCCCGGCACUCCGGAGUACACGGAGCAGGUAUCCUGGCUGAUGUUCCAGGUGGGCGGCAUUGGUCCCAUGCAGGGCCAAGCAAACCACUUCCGACUUGCCGCUAGUGUCCGAUCUGACUACGGCAUCAAGCGGUACAUUGACGAGACCAAGCGCCUUUACUCGGUCCUAGAAUACCGUCUGAAGGAAAGCCCUUACCUUGCAGGCUCCAAGUACACAAUCGCCGACAUCGCCAGCUACACGUGGGUCAUCCGCAGUCCUGAAUUACUGGAGAUCGAUCUAUCUGAGUUCCCAGCUCUCAAGAAGUGGGUUGAUGAGAUCGGCAGGCGGGCUGCGGUGCAGAAGGGCGCGGACGUGCCUCGCCUUGACCGUACAGACGAGCAAAGGAAGGAGUUCAUCCGAAACGCUCGCGCUAGGAUUGAUGGAAUGACCAACUCGGAUAAGAAUUAA